AUGGCUUUGGCUGCUCCUGCUGUAACUCCAUUCGAAUGGACAGUUGACGCUGCAAGAGAAUUAAUUCGACUUCAACACAAUAAUCAUGACGAUUUUGAAGGGUUUGCCACUUCUCCUUUUCAAUAUCGUAAGAAAUGGUACUCAUUAAAAUAUGG